AUGCCACCGCGCAAACAGCUCCGACAGGCCCUAAUCGUCCAAGCGAACGAAUCGACAGUCUUUUCCUCCACAGACACUCGCUCGUGCUUCUUCAAGCCGGACCGCGCAUCCGACAAAGAUAGCUCGCUCAAGCGAUGCAUGUAUGCGGUUGCCGUCAAAGUCAAAGAAGCCAUUUCGCACGAACUGCCGCCAAGGUUUGGGUUGAUGUUUGAUGGAUGA